ACAAACGUUCAACCAUAAUCUAGCAGUCUAGAAACAUCUAAGGCCAGAGGCAAAUCGGAAAUUGAGUUCGCAAUCAAUUCAAUGGCGUCGUCGAAACUGGUUAAAGUGAUCUUAGAUCCGAAGAAAAACUGGUUCGCCGCUCUGCACAAGAAAACAAUAGAAAAUCGCCUUCGAAAAUACGGUUUGCGAUAUGACGAUUUGUACGAUCCGAUGGAGUCGUUGGAUAUUAAGGAAGCAUUGGGUAGGUUGCCUCGUGAGAUUGUUGAUGCGAGAAACCAACGGCUUUUACGCGCCAUGGAUCUAUCUAUGAAGCAUGAAUACCUUCCUAAAGAUCUACAGGCUCAACAGACUCCAUUUAGGAGUUAUUUGAGUGAUAUGCUAGCCCUGGUAGAGAGGGAGAAAGCGGAACGCCAAGCCCUAGGAGCAUUGCCUCUCCAGCAGCGCACCAUACCGUAAUUUCUUUUUUCUUUCUUUAAUCAUCUCCGCGUUUUGGUGAUAAUGAUAACAAUAAUGAAGCUGGGGGUUUUAUUUUUGUGUUACUGCUGAUUGAUAUUAUAAAAUUUACGUUCAGCCUGUUUCUUGCUGGUCGUUCAUGUUUGACCUCUUGAUAUAAGACAAAUGCAUGUUUCAAGUUAUAUGCUACUUUGUAUGAUUUUUUUGUUUUU